AUGAAUCCAAUGGGCGGCCCGGUUGGAAGCGCACCGAUGCCCAUGAUGAAUAAUGGCGCCAUGAACCCCCAGAUCGCCGCGGCGGCUGCGGCACGACAACAGCAGCAUGCUAAUGAGAACCAGCGUGGCGUUCUCAACACAUAUAUAUACGAGUACUUCCUGAGACACCAGAUGUACGACUGUGCCCGCUCCCUCCUCAACAGCGAUCAACAGGUCAACGUCAACAAGGAAGCCGCUGGUCGUCGCGAAAACGGUAGUGGCAUGAACGGCGUUGAUGACCCUAUGGACACUGAUUCCAAGGACGACGGCGAUUCUAAGCUGCCCGACGAUUUACCUCCGCCAAAGCUGCCCAUGCCAGCUUCUGACACAUCGUUUCUCUACGAGUGGUUCUGCGUCUUCUGGGACAUUUACACUGCCCGCGGCGGCAAGGGCGGAAGCCAGACGGUGCAGCAAUACGUCCAGCACACCCAGCAGCAACAGAGAAUGAAGCAGACUCAGCAGCAAGAGCUGUUACGUCAAAUGCGCCCUGACCUGGCGGCGCAGCAGCAGUACCAGGCGCAGUACUUGAGGAACAUGCAAAACCCCAUGGCCAUGUCCAUAAACAAGAACAACCUGGCCCGGGCAGCCAUGGCCAACAAUCAAAACCCUCAAAUGCAGAUGCUGCAAGCAAAGCAGAAUCAGAUGCAGCGAGAUCCUUCCGGUAUGGACGGCAACCGGGAUCGGCCAACCUCCCCCGCAUCAGGAGAGAAUGCGCCGUCUCCCUCGAAGCGCCCACGCAUUGAGGGCGGUCCCUUCAACGGCAACCAGCCCGGCGCCAUGAUGGCAAACGGCCGCCCUGGCCAAGGCAUGCCCGGUCCGCAGAUGGGCAAUGUCGCCAACGCUCAGCAGGUUCUCGCCGCCAACGGCAUCAACCCUGCCCAGCUCAACCCCCAGCAGAUGCAGAACUUUGCCAACACGCCGCCAGCCGCACAGCAAAAGUCGAUUGCUACUUACUCUCACAAUCUUCAGCAGCACCAUGGCAACCAGAUUGGCAACAAGCAGAUCCCUGGCGUGGGCGGCCCCCAGAACCAGAGCUCGCCGAUGAUGCCCCAGGGCCCCGACGGCAACUCCCUUAACGCUUUUUACAACCCCGAGAUGAAUGGUCCCGGCGGUAUGCGACCGGGUCCCGGCGGCCCUCAGGCGGCUGCUCCGGGCAGCAACCAUGCUCUGCAGGACUACCAGAUGCAACUCAUGCUGCUUGAGCAGCAGAACAAGAAGCGCCUGAUGAUGGCCCGCCAGGAGCAGAGCGACAUGAUGCCCCGAGACGGCCAGCAAAACCCGUCUGGCCCCAACGGACCGGGCUUCCCCGACACGUCGCCCCAGGCAAUGCGAUCCGGCGCUUCCCCCAACCCCGCGGAGCAGAUGAAGCGCGGCACCCCCCAGAUGAACAACUCGGGCAUCCCCUCGCCGGUCCCUGACGGCGGCCAGUCUCGCGAGUCGCCCAAUGCCAUGAACUUCUUGGGCAACCACGUGGACGUCAACAUGGCGCCUCACUUCUACAAGGGAGUGGACGGCAGCAACAUGGCGCAGGCCCAGAUGAACGGCAUGCGUCCUCCCAGCUCGCACCCGGGCCAGCAAUUCAACGGUCCCAUGAAUGCGCAGAUGAUGGCCGCCCGACAGCAGCAGCAGGGCGCCCAGGGCAACCCGCAGCAGUGGCAGCCGGGCAUGAACGGCCAGAUGGUGCCGCAGGGCAUGCAGCAGGGCCAGCAGGUUCAGGGCACUCCGCAGCAGCGGUCCAUGCCUCCUCCGUCGGCGCCAGCAGCCGCGGCCGCCAACGCAAACAACCGGACAACCGCGUCGCCCCAGCAGGCUGCGGCAGCACCGCCCACCCCUAGCCAGGCAAACAAGGCGGCGCCCAAGAAGAAGGACACCAAGAAUGCCAAGGACAAGCGAACCGCUGCGCAGAAGAAGUCCAACCAGAACAUCAACAACGCCGCCGCCGCCUCGGCGGAGAACGGCGCCGAGCCCGACGCGGCAGCGCCCGCGACUCCCAUCACGCCCGUUGUCAACCCGGCCUUUAAGAACGCCCAGGGCGGAGGCCCCGUGCCCAACGCAACAGCUGCAGCGGCCACAACAGGAAUCCCCGCCCCGACAGCCGCAGCCAGCGCGCCGGUGCCCCCUCAAGCCGCUCCUGUGCCUCAGCCUUCGCAUGAGCUUGCCCAGAAUAACACCCUGGGCAUGGACAACUUUGCGAUGACGGACUUUGCCAUGGAGCUGGCCAACCCGCUGCACUCGGACAAUGUACUGAAUGACUUUGACUUUGACUCGUUCUUGAACGACGGCGACGGUAACAACGAGCCGUUUGACUUUAACGGCUCAUACCCAGGGAUGGAGGGCGGCGAGAUCAGUGCGGAGUAG